AAGCGCAGUGUCACCGGUGGGUCCCACCUGCCUUCUGUUCCCUGGACCAUCGCUUUGCGGCUCCGUUUCCUCUUCCUGGGUCGCGGAUGUCUGAAGAGCCGAGCAGCAACCUUUCAGGGAAGAUGGGAGGCCAGGAGAAGCCGGUAGACGCUGGUGAGGAGAAGCGAAAGGAAGGAGGCAAGAAGAAGAAUAAAGAAGGAGCUGGGGAUGGAGGGCGAGCAGAGUUGAACCCCUGGCCUGAAUAUAUUAACACUCGUCUUGAGAUGUAUAAUAAACUAAAAGAAGAACAUGAUUCUAUUCUGGCUGAAAAAGCUGAAAAAUACAGCAAGCCCAUUAAAGUGACUCUCCCAGAUGGGAAGCAGGUGGAUGCAGAAUCCUGGAAGACAACCCCAUAUCAAAUUGCCUGUGGAAUUAGUCAAGGCCUGGCUGAUAACACCGUAAUUGCUAAAGUGAAUAAAGUUGUUUGGGACCUCGACCGCCCUCUGGAGGAAGAUAGUACCUUGGAGCUUCUCAAGUUUGAGGACGAGGAAGCUCAAGCAGUAUAUUGGCACUCAAGUGCACACAUAAUGGGUGAAGCAAUGGAAAGAGUCUAUGGUGGAUGUUUGUGUUAUGGGCCACCAAUCGAAAGUGGAUUCUAUUAUGACAUGUACCUUGAAGAAGGGUGCGUGUCCAGCAAUGAUUUCUCUUCUUUGGAGACUUUAUGUAAGAAAAUCAUUAAAGAGAAACAAGCUUUUGAAAGACUGGAAGUGAAGAAAGAAACUCUGUUGGAAAUGUUUAAGUAUAACAAAUUCAAAUGCCGGAUAUUGAAUGAAAAAGUGAACACUCCAACUACCACAGUCUAUAGGUGUGGCCCUCUGAUUGAUCUCUGCCGUGGUCCACAUGUCAGACACACUGGCAAAAUCAAAACUUUAAAAAUACACAAAAAUUCCUCCACAUACUGGGAAGGCAAAGCAGAUAUGGAGACACUGCAGAGAGUAUAUGGCAUCUCAUUUCCAGAUCCUAAAAUGCUGAAAGAGUGGGAGAAGUUCCAAGAAGAAGCUAAAAACCGAGAUCAUAGGAAGAUUGGGAGAGACCAAGAAUUAUACUUCUUUCAUGAACUCAGCCCUGGGAGUUGCUUCUUCCUGCCCAAGGGAGCAUAUAUUUAUAAUACACUAAUGGACUUUAUCAGGAGUGAAUAUCGGAAGCGAGGGUUCCAGGAAGUGGUCACCCCAAACAUCUACAACAGCCGGCUGUGGAUGACAUCGGGCCACUGGCAGCACUACAGCGAAAACAUGUUCUCCUUUGAGGUGGAGAAGGAGCAGUUUGCACUGAAGCCCAUGAACUGCCCAGGACACUGCCUUAUGUUUGACCACCGGCCACGGUCCUGGCGGGAAUUGCCUCUGCGGUUAGCCGAUUUUGGAGUCCUUCACCGCAAUGAGCUGUCAGGUGCACUCACAGGUCUCACCCGGGUGCGAAGGUUCCAGCAGGAUGAUGCCCACAUCUUCUGUGCCAUAGAGCAGAUCGAGGACGAGAUUAAGGGCUGCUUGGAUUUUCUCCGAACAGUAUAUACUGUUUUUGGAUUUUCUUUUAAACUGAACCUGUCCACCCGCCCAGAAAAAUUCCUGGGAGACAUUGAAGUCUGGAAUCGAGCCGAGAAACAACUUGAAAAUAGUCUAAAUGAAUUUGGUGAAAAGUGGGAGUUAAACCCUGGUGAUGGAGCUUUCUAUGGUCCAAAGAUUGACAUACAAAUUAAAGAUGCAAUUGGGCGAUACCACCAGUGUGCAACGAUCCAGUUGGAUUUUCAGCUGCCCAUCAGAUUUAAUCUUACUUUUGUUAGUCAUGAUGGUGACGAUAAGAAAAGGCCAGUGAUUGUUCAUAGGGCCAUCUUGGGGUCAGUGGAGAGAAUGAUUGCAAUCCUCACGGAAAACUAUGGUGGCAAAUGGCCCUUCUGGCUGUCUCCUCGCCAGGUCAUGGUUGUUCCAGUGGGACCGACAUGUGAUGAAUAUGCCCAGAAGGUCCGGCAAGAGUUCCACGAUGCUGAAUUCAUGGUGGAUGUCGAUCUGGACCCUGGCUGUACUUUAAAUAAGAAGAUCCGGAAUGCACAGUUAGCACAGUAUAACUUCAUCCUGGUUGUUGGUGAAAAGGAGAAAGGCAGCGGGACAGUCAACAUCCGCACACGAGAUAAUAAGGUCCAUGGGGAGCGCACCAUCUCCGAUACUAUUGAGAGGCUCCAGGAGCUAAAGCAGUCCCGCAACAAGCAGGCAGAAGAAGAAUUCUAACAGAGAGAUGUGCCCAGUGGGCCGAGUAGGCCAAAUCAGGCUGUUUAUGUAACACAAACUAGCUCCUCAUUUUGGAAAUCAUCAGUUUGUCCUAAACUUGAACUGACUUGACUUGAUAUGCAUAGGUGAUUGCUGGGAAUCAAUUUUUUUGACUGCAGUUGUAGGCUGCAUGCAUUUGAAGGUGAUGAAUAAAAGAGGUGCAUUAAUAUGAUUAUUGUCUUAAUUAAAUAUUUCAGCACUGGAAAUAAAGGACAUGAAACAUGA